CGACCGGAGGGCAAAAGGGAGACGGGGGUGUCAGUGUGGAGAUCGUAGCCUUCUCUUCGGACAAUGGGAUUAAACUCAUCUCCCUCUUCAUCGCUGGCCCUCCUGAUUCUCCUCAUCUGCCUGUCAGGCAUUGUGGGACUGAACCUAGAGGGGCUGCUCUUGAGGGACCUGAUGAGAGGCUACAACAAGAACAUCCGUCCCGCAGAGAAGAACAGCGACAUCACUGAGGUGAAGUUCAAGCUGACCCUCACCAACCUCAUCUCUCUGAACGAGCGAGAAGAGGCCCUCACUACCAACGUUUGGACUGAACUGCAAUGGUGCGACUACCGCUUGAGGUGGGACCACAUGCCGGAAUAUCGAAACAUCACCUGCCUCCGCAUCCCGUCCAAAAGCAUCUGGCUUCCUGAUGUUGGCCUGGAGAACAACGUGGAUGGGAAGUUUGAGAUCACACUGUACACCAACGCCCUGGUGAGCUCCUCGGGCUGCAUCCUCUGGCUCCCGCCCACCAUCUAUCGCAGUGCCUGCUCCAUUACCGUCAGCUACUUCCCCUUCGACUGGCAGAACUGCUCCAUGGUCUUCCGCUCGCAGACCUACAGCGCAGAGGAAAUCGAUCUUGUUCUCACGUCCGAGGAGGGCCAGACCAUCGAGUGGAUCGUCAUUGAUCCCGAAGCAUUUACAGAGAACGGCGAGUGGGUCAUCAAACACCGGCCAGCGAAAAAGGUCAUCCACGAGCAGUACAGCAGGGAUGAGCUGGAAUACCAGCAGCUAGUCUUCUUCAUCAUCAUCCAGAGGAAGCCACUGUUCUACAUCAUCAACCUCAUCGUGCCCUGUGUGCUGAUCUCAUCGCUGGCCCUCCUCGUCUAUUUCCUCCCCGCUAAAGCUGGAGGACAGAAAUGCACCAUGUCCAUCGCCACGCUCCUAGCACAGACUGUGUUCCUGUUCCUCAUCGCCAAGAAAGUUCCGGAAACCUCACAGGCCAUGCCGCUUAUUGGAAAGUACCUGAUGUUUGUUAUGUCGGUGACCACCAUCGUGGUGAUGAACUGCGUUAUCGUGCUCAAUGUUUCUCGGCGGACUCCAAACACGCAUUCGAUGUCAGACAAAGUCCGGAAGAUCCUACUGAACUCGCUGCCGCGGGUCCUGCGCAUGAAUAUGCAGCGCUGGACACCCACAGAACCUUCGUACAGCCUCCGCCGGUGCAGCUCCCUGGGCCUCAUCGCCAAGGCGGACGAGUCCGCGGCGUGGACGGCCCGCUCUGAGCUCAUGUUCCUCAGGCUGAGGGAGAGGGCCGGACUGGCCAGGGCAGCGCUUGAGAAGAUCCAGAAUGGCCUGGCGGGAGACAUGGCCCAGGAACUGGGGGUCAGCCUGGCCCAGGCCUCGCCGGAGGUGCAGCAGUGCGUGGCUUCCUGCAAGCAUAUCGCGGAGAGCGCCCGGCAGCAGAGCCGCUUCCACAGCGAGAACAACGAGUGGUUCCUGGUGGCCCGGGUGAUCGACAGGGUGUGCUUCAUCACCAUAUCGCUGCUCUUCAUCCUCGGGACUGUCAGCAUCUUCCUCAUGGGACACUACAACCAGGCCCCUCCCCUGCCCUUCCCCGGUGACCCCAGAAAAUAUUUACCGGAAUAA